GACGCACCAUUUCUAUUUGAAAACAAUUUUCAUUUAUUACAAGAGGUAUUUUACAAGAUAAUAUAUUAAAAAUCAAUAAAAUAAAAAUAUGGAGUUUCCCUUGUAGUCCUCCAAUAACAAGAAAUAUACUACUCUCCAAUAAUGUGCAUUCAACGUUUAUUAAAACGCUCCAUAGUUCAUUCUUCACAUGAAAAAUGAAUGCCAUAAUCGGUUUAUGCCAUUUUUGCGAGGCUCACGGUCCACGGCCUCUGUUCUGCACGUUUACAACAGACGACGAGAGUCACACGACAGAGGCCUCAAGAGGCACAGUGCAAUGCAGUGGGUGCACCUCCGUUGGACCAGACACAGUGUUCGUAUCGCGAGAUGACAAUGGCAUUAUAUUUUGCAGCAGAGAGUCUGUUCCGAAUAAUGACGUUACUGCGUUCCUGAGACAGGCAGCUCUGCGAAGUAUUACUUGUGAAGUAAGUUGGAGUAACGAAGGUGGAGUGGUGUACUUCAGUGACACUCAGGGCCAUGUGCUCAGUCUCAUGUUCCCGGUCAAAGACACCAGGGCAAGGGGGCUGAAGAGACUGUUCUCUGUUGUGGUACUGAUGAAGGAUAAGAUGCUGCUGCUAAAUAUUACACCUGUGCUUUCUGAACACAUGCAGAAAAUAGCAAAUGAGCUCCAACAACUAGCAGAUGUGGUGUAUGAGAAUGAACAAAGCAUAUGCUCACAGAGGGCCUUGAGAUUAAAGACUGGAAGGAAUGACUUUGGCCAGUCCCGAUCACUAAUACAACUAACAGGAGAUGAAGAUAUUUUCAAAAAGCUACACUCUCACUUUACAUGGAUGCUAAGAACUGGUGGGAUCACAUAUUCAGAAACGCUGUACACCAGUCAGGAUUUACUUAAAAAGUUCUCUCCGACUACAAGUGGUACAAUUUUUGAGGAAAAUGCAUGUACAGUGCCAGAUGGUGCAAGUAUGUCAUUAAGAGAGCUAGGGAAAUUGUUAAGCAAAGAUGUGUUUAGGAUAUUGUUGUAUUGCACUUUGACUGGAAUAGAAAUAGUGAUAAAAUCACACCAUACAGAACCUUCUAGAAUAAUCAACAAUCUAUCAAGUUUGAUACCAAGUGGAGUAAACCAUAACAUCAGUCACAUCAGAGCAGAUAGCUCCGUUCAAGUGUUACCAUCACAAGAUGUUUGCAUUUUAGAAGAAACCGAAAAUAGUAAUUUUGACUGCAAAUGGAGUCAUAGUAUACCUGUAAAAUGUCCUACACUCAUGAAGAAAAUAGAGAAUGCCAUGCAAAAUACAAAAUUUAAUGAUGCAGUGCUCCUUCAACACAUUAAAUCAUUGCAACUGGAGUGGUUGGGGUAAGGACAUGUUAUGUUAGGUUCUGCAGAGUGGAGUGGCUUCAAGCAUUACUAGAACAUUGAAAACAGCAUUGCUCUCAGGAAAACCUGAUGCUAUCAAGCAUUUGGAACAAGUAUUGGGUGUGACAAAGCAAGAUGAAUCUUUAGUGAAUUACUGGUCCCAUGCCUUUUGUGAUUGAAAGUCUGUGAUAUUUUAAUUCUGAGUUUAUAAGUAGGUGUUAAAGAAUAUGUUGUUGAUAAAAUGGUUGUUAUUUAA